AUGGAAUUCGCCGGGCCAAGCCUGCGCAAGGUCCUCAACAAGCGAAUCCGUCUCGGUCGCCGGCUGUUCUCGGAGAGGGACGUGCGCUCCAUCGUGCGGCAGCUGCUGGCCGGCGCGGAGGCGAUGCACACGCACGGCAUCAUGCACCGCGACAUCAAGCCUGAGAACAUCCUCGUGGUCCAGCACGGCGGCAGCAUCGUCGUCAAGAUCGGAGACUACGGGGCGGCGAUGUCCACGGCCGAGCGGGACCCCGACAAGUAUUGGGCUGCUGGGACGUGGGCGUACAGCGCGCCGGAGAUGCUGCUGGAGGAUCCCCGCUACGACACGCGCGUCGACCUGUGGUCCAUCGGCUGCGUGAUGGCGGAGCUCCUCACCGGGAACAAGCUGUUCCCAGGGGACGGCAUAGACGAGCUGCUCUACAAGAUCUUCGAUCUGCUUGGCACGCCAGGCGAGAGAGAGUGGUGGCCUGCCUUCGGUUCGCCGGGACACGAGGUACAGGAACCGCUAUGGCGAGCGCACCAACGGCUGCGCAAGCUGUUCCCCAAGAAGCUGCUGUCCAAGGAAGGGUUCCAGGUCCUCCAGGGGCUCCUCACGUGCGAUCCAUCCAGGCGGCUGGAUGCUGCCGCCGCGCUCCGGCUUCCGUGGUUCACGGACACCGGCGGCAUGCCGGUUGCCGCUGUUCCGGAGACUGGCGCUCUGAAGCCGCUGAGCUCUGUCAAAUAA